GCUCUGGCCUCCAGCCAGCGACGUGCGGCCGUUCAGCUCCACAUCUCCGGAAACCUUACGAACCUAGAGUGGCAUCAUCGGGUGAAGGCCAGGCUGAUGGACGUGGUGGUGGCGCUCGAUACGUGGUUUCGUGUGGCACGCGGGGAUAAGUCGACUGCUCAUGACAAAGCCCAGGAGGUCCGGCAGGCUCUCCGAGAUGGCCACGUCGAGAUCUUUUGGCUCCAAGCGGGUCGCAAGGAGCUGGCUGCGGCCUUGCAGGGCCAGUCUCGGCUCCAGGUCUUACAGGUCGACCAGGGUAAGGAUGUCGAGGCCGUGUUGGAGGCCCUCGAGGGCCACGUCGCGCUGAAGAGCCUCGUACUCUGCACUGGGAUCGAUGGCUACCGUCCCCUGGCCCAGUCGCGGCUGGAGGCUUUCGGCUUCGCCCUGGAUGGAAAGUCUGGUCUUGAGGAGCUGGUCUUGCAAGACGCAGAAAGCACCUUCAUCGGUCCACAAGGAAUGCAG